AUGCCUUUCUCCAAAAAAUGGGAAAUCACCGCCGAGCUCGACCUCUGCAUGGCCAUCAUUUUCACCGGCGGCUCAGCCGGUUCCUACAAGUGGCCCGAAAUCCACGAGUUAAUGGUCAAGUUCGGCCACGACUUCACCAAGGAUGCUAUUUCCCAGCACUUCACAAAGAGCAUCCUCAAGGGAUUCAAGGAUCGACACGGCCUGCCGUCCGGGAAACUGGAGUCCAUGACCCCCACCAAAACGAAGAGAAAGGCGGCCGGUGAUGCUGAGGAGUCCCCCUCCAAGAGAAAGGCGAAAUGA